AUGGACAACUGGUCGGAGAAAGGCCGGCCAGCUGUGCACGAAGCUCUCAAUCAUGUGUGGGAAACAAUAGACCGCGAGAUCCAGGAUGAGCUCAGCCGGAGGGCCGCGAACUACGCCGCGAUCAACGAGACAUUGAAGAGCAAAUUGGCCAAUAUUGAAGCACUUGAGAACGAAAACAAGAAUCUGCGGGCUCAACUAGCGACUUUUUCUUCGAGCCCUCCUUCGACAGAAUUAAAUACUUUAGUCGAGAAUGCGUCCUCAGCAGGCAGACAUGCCCCCACUUCGAGUAUCGCGAUCGCUCAGCCAGCUUCAACCCCUCCCACGACAGAGGCACCUCCUCUUAGCAUUAUAUCUGAUAAUGCCGAGCUUGUCAAGUUCAAAAUGAGAUUCAAUGCACUCUCAAACAAUUUCAAGACGGCAAAAGAAGCUCUUCGCAAGAGAAAGGAUGAGCGUGAUUGGUGGAUGGAGCGUGCAAAGAAGUUGGAAAGGCAAGCUAGGGAUGCUGAGGAGAAGCACGGUAUACGGAUUAUAGACCUGGAAGAAGCCGACGAUCCUGAUGCACUACAUAAAAUAGGUCUGGUUCCUGAUAACCCGACUACUGUUAUGCCACCGCCAACUGUCCUGGCAACGUCUGAUAGCGAUCACAACGCCAAUGUAGACGAUGCGCAGCUGCAAUCUACUCAAGGCGAUCCUGACGAGGCAGAGUCUGAGGAUCUGCCUCCUUUACCCAAUAACGACCAAGACCAGGAUCCGAUUCUAAUUAAACCAGAACCAUCUUCCGACGUCCCAGUAGUAGUAUCCGAGAGGAAGGUGAAAAGGAGAAGAGUUGAAGAUAGGGGGUACACAGCUGCGACAACCCCAAGGAUCAAGGCCGAACCGGGCGAUUCUAGUCCUAUUGAUGCCUCGGAACAUUACCAGUUCAACAUUCAGGAAAGUAUCGACCUUGACGAUAUCGCGCAGAGGAUAACGACUCCUCGAAAGCGCAAAGACCUAGAAGUUGCGGCUGUCGAAGAUGCAAACGAACCAACAGUUCCGGUUUCUAAUAUAGCUCAAAGGCUCGGCUAUAUACGAUCAGAUGGAGCGAAGAAGUCGGCUAAGGAUACGCGUGGCUCAUCUGUGCUCACGCCAAUAAGCGGCAAUAAAAGAAUGACAACGUGGACUGAUGCGGAGGAAGAAACCCUGAAAGAUAAAUUGGCCCAUGGCAUUUCAGUUUUGGCAGAAGAUGGCACUCCCUAUGGGAAACAAAGACUUGAGAAGAGCUUGAAAGCCCUGCCUACGCCGACUUCAGUUGCCAAAGGCCGGUUGGAUACGCUGCUGAAUACUUCAACUCCCGAGAAUGCAGCCACGAUCUCGCGAACACCCCAAGCUCGCCAACCAGAGCGCCUUUCUGCUGAAGAUACGCCUCUUGACCUCCUUUUCCCCCAACCCCGACAGCUACCCUUUGACAAGAUGAUUCAACAUAUUACGAAGCGUCAAGGCUUGGGCGCAGAUGUGACGACGCCUUCUAAGAAAUCGGUCAAAAAAGCGCCUGGUCGAAGUAUAUCCCCGCUCAAAAGCAGGGCAUCCGCUGCUGGCCUCCGCCAUAAACCCCUGUCUGAACUUCGGCUUGAUGAUUUCAAGGUGAACCCCUCAUCGAAUGAGGGGCACGAUUUUGCUUAUUCGGACGUUGUCAGAGACAAGGAUGACAGAGCAACCCUGCGAGGCUGUACAGACAUGCAUUGCUGUGGGAAGCAUUUUAGGGCAUUGGCUCUAUCACAGCGGCCAAAUCCACCGCUGACGGCGGAACAGCGACAGGAAGAGCAAAAACUCCUGGAGGGCUACCUGGGUGAAUUUGCCUACCGACUGUCAUCCAUGACAAAAGAUGAAAGAGCUGAGAUGUGGAUUGAAGCCAAAACCGAAGAGCUAGCCAAUAAAUACGGCAGACAUAGACAUCGCUUCUCUCGCAUGCAGUCUCCGCCCGGAUUUUGGAAUGCUGACUUUCCAGAUACGCAAGAAUUGGCAGCGGACAAGGAAGAGGCUCUGAGGCGAGAGAAGCGUGCAAUUGCAGACAGAUAUAGAGAAGCCAUGCGCCCCGGUGUCACGUUACCUCGUUGCGCAACUCUGAUCCGCGUCGCGCAGCUCCAACAACGCUCGCCAUCACGACAACACAGACGCGCACCCUUUCUAGCUGUUGGCCCCAACUGCGAGAUUGACACCGCUCCCCCCCAACCUCCGGCAGUGCAGGUAGAUGCGGGAGUCGCAGCACUGGGCGAUACCCGCAACAGUACGAUCUCCCAAGCCGGCAGGAUGAGUAACCGCCAUCUGCCGGCUGGGCAGGGCAUACAAGCCUCGGCCGGAGGCAUCAACGGCGGCAUGGAUUUGAAUGGAAGCAUGGGGGGCCCUCGGCGGAGACAGCAGCAGUACAUGCCUCCCUAUCACCAACACCAGCUCCAGAACCAACAUCCGCAGCACAUGAAUCACAUGUACUCCAACUAUGCGCCGUAUGCUCCCCAGCAGUAUUAUGGCAUGCCACCGCACCAAUAUCAGGCUGGAGGAGUUCCAGCUCCCGGAUAUAUGGCGUACCAGAACUACAACGCCAGGUCCCCGCCGCCCAUGCAGCAAUACGCCCCCAUGGUUGGAGUCAGCAUCCCGCCGAGCUACCCUCGAGCGUCUCCUAAUCCGAUGACGCCGUACCAGCCUCCGCUUGCUCCCGCCCCUGGCUUACCCCAUACUCCGUCCUCGACGCACUCGUCACAGUUGCUUCCUCCGCACACGCCUACGACUCCUCAGACGCCUCCGGUCGUUCAGCCAGCCCCUGUGCCGGAGCCUGUCCAAGAGACGACUCCUGCUCCUCCUCCCGCUGCGCCUGCCCCUGUCGUUGUUCCUGUUGUCGAGUCACGCGAGCCUUUUCGCCCACCGCUUCCCUGGCUGUCACGUCCCGACGUCGAAUUUCCUGUGAGGACUCCACGAUCAAAACGGCAGAGAAAGAUUCUGGGUGCAGAGGACAAGGCAGUAUCGUUGCCUACGGGGCAGCAUGAUGUCUCCGCGGAACAGCAAAUCAACCGGGAGCCUGCGGCAUCUGCUCACAGCGAGCCAGCCCAAAAACAAGAGGGAGGAGCUACUUCGACCUCUGAUCGUGCUGAACCCUCCAAGUCCGCAGGGGAAGAAGGUGUGACUCGAGCUUCCGCCUCAACUGGUGCAUCUGUUACGCGCCCGGCUGCGCCCGCUGUUCCUGCGGUCCCCGUGCUACCAAAGCAUGACCCUAAGCCAUCCGCUUCUGAUGCCUCUGUGACGGCGGAGCAGGAAAAGACCAACGGAGACGCUGCCAAGUCUGAAGAUCAAGAGGCCGCAACUGAUGCCUCUCUUGAGCUCCAACUCAAUAGCACAAGCCACCCUCCAAGCCCCGUGGUUAAGGCCCCACCUACCAGCUGGGCAAAUCUCUUUGCUAAGCCAUCGGCUCGAGCUCAGACAGGAUUGAAUGGUUCAGCUGGUGGAGAUGCCGUCAAUGGUGAUUCAACAGACGCCGCAAAUAAUUUUCCUGGAUCAGCCUUUUCCAAAUCCAACGCCAGCUCUCUUGCUCAGGCCAUUCAGUCAUACCAAGUCGAGAACAAUGACAAGAUCGAUUUCCUUGAGCCGCGCGGACUCAUCAACACUGGUAAUAUGUGUUACAUGAACUCUGUGCUGCAAGUGCUCAUGUUCUGUGUGCCAUUUUAUGACUUGCUUGACCAAGUCGGCAAAAAGGCUGCUCACAGCUUCAAGAGCGAGACUCCCCUGAUUGAUGCCUUGAUCAUGUUCAUGAGGGAAUACAAUGUGCUCAAAUCGUCUGCGUCCGUUGAUCAGCUCAACAGAAUUCUGAAAAACGAAGAUCUCGAACGUUACGGCGAGCCCUUUACCCCUGAGUUUGUCUACGACGCUAUCCGGCAGCUCUCCCGAUUUGCCAGCAUGCGACGUGGUCAUCAACAGGACGCAGAGGAGUUCUUGGGCUUCCUGCUUCAGUCACUUGACGAUGAGUGCACUCACGUUAUGAAGGAUUUGCCAGUUGGACACGAGGAAGUGCCUUCAUCCGACGCUUCUACCGGGGGAUCCGUUGCGGCUUCUGACGAUUGGCUUGAAGUCGGCCGCAAGCAACGCGCCGCUGUCUCUCGCUUGUCGGGUCACAAUACGUCAACCCCCAUCACCAAGAUCUUUGGUGGCCUUUUACGAUCCGAGUUUCGCGUGCCGGGGCUGAAGGAUUCCAUCACCACCGAGCGCUACCAACCUCUCCAGCUAGACAUUGGAUCUCCUGAUGUCAGAAAUGUUGUUGAUGCCCUACGUGGACUGACUCGCCCAGAGCGUCUUCAAGGAGACUUCAACUCCCCUCGUGGGAAGGAUGUUACGGCCACGAAACAAGUCUUUAUUGAAACCUUACCGCCUGUCUUGAUCCUCCACCUCAAACGAUUCCAAUUUGAUGCCGAAGGCCAUGGAACUGUCAAGAUCUGGAAGAAGAUUGGGUACCCUUUGGAGCUUGAAAUCCCCCGCGAGGCUUUGUCGAGACAGAAACGCCAGAACCUCGACGAUGCUUCAAUGCCUAGAUACAAGCUCAUUAGCGUGGUGUAUCACCACGGAAAGAAUGCCAGUGGCGGCCACUACACAGUAGAUGUGAGGCGACAGGAUGGUCGCGAGUGGAUUCGGCUGGACGACACCGUCAUUCGGCGCAUCCGGCCCGAAGACGUUGCCGAAACUGGGUCCGAGGAAGAUGCCAAGGAGGCACGCAAGGAUGCCGCGUCGAACGUUAGCAGCAACCGAUUCGGAGCCAUGAACGACGACGACACUGGCGACGAAGACGGUUGGAAGCAAGUCACUGCGCCAACUAAUGGUGGCAAGCGAUGGAGCAGCGUUGUCAACGGCGGAGCUAAUGGAGCUGUCAAGGAGAAGCAAGUCAAGGACAGCAUCAAAGAUAACAAGGUCGCAUAUCUCUUGUUUUAUCAGCGUAUAUAA